AUUUCGUCGAUUUCGACGACUGUCAGACUGUGUAGUGUGAGCUUAUAGAGAAGCAAACGGAAAAAGCGAGAAUCCGAAAGGAUGUUUAGUAUAUCAGUGGCUUCGCCUUCGAGCAUUUUCGUAUCUUCUUCAAAAAUUUUCUCUGCUAAAACGAAAUCCUCAUUCCAUGGCAUCCGAAUCCAGCCUGUAUUGCCACUUCGUGUGUCUUCUUCGUCUUUACGAAACUCUGCUUCGUCCGUGGUUAUGAUGGCAAAGAGAGAUGAAGAACUGAAGGAAAUCAGAGCCAAGACGACCGAAGAACUUAACGAAGAGGUAAUUGAUCUCAAGGGGGAGCUCUUCAUGCUUCGAUUACAGAAAUCAGCUCGAAAUGAGUUCAAGUCCAGCGAGUUUCGUCGAAUGCGCAAAAGGGUUGCACGCAUACUUACAGUAAGGAGGGAAAGAGAGGUUGAGGAGGGAAUCAAUAAGAGGUUGUCAAGGAAGCUUGAUCGGAAAUGGAAGAAAAGCAUUAUUCCCAGGCCUCCACCAUCUUUGAGGAAGAUGCAAGAGGAGGAAAAGGCAGCAGAAGCAGCAGAAGCAGGAAAGUCUACAUGAUAAAUCUUUCAGGAAUGAAUCUGUUUUCCUUAUUCUUGGUAGUAGAGCAAGACGUUUGUUUGAUUAGCUUUUCUGUCCCAAAUAUUCAUGAUGUGUAGAGGUUUAGUAUCUUAUUUUGACGAUUCCUCAAAUUCAUGACAUUGUUCAGGUUCUAACUUCUAAUGUUCAAGCCAUAGGCUUGGUCCUUGUAGGCA